UUUUUUGUCACCAAUAUCCGAGUAGGCUGUCGCCCAAAUGUCAAAACAGAUAUUCUUGUUCCCAGUUAUCGAAAUCGAAAAUGGGAGCGGAACAAUCUGCUUUAUUAGCUUGUACGCAAACAGGGAUUCCUGAGAUUCCUCUUAGUCUGCCCAAUUCGGAAUUGUUCUUUCGCUUGUAUUUCGAAAAGAUGUCUAAACCGGAGACGGGUCCCAUAACAACAGCUCUUUUGCAUUUAAUUGAACAUGUAGAUUUUAGAGGACCCCAAAUGGUUGCUCCAGAACCGGCAUCAGAUGUCGAUUCGGGUGUUGAGAAUGAUGAUUUGGAGAGGGCAUCGAGCGAAUUGUUAAAUAAUCGCCAUGAAUGGGAUGAUGACAGCGAUGUAUCCGUAGGAUCUGUGACGACAAAUUUGAGCAGUGAUGUUGAUGAUUUGGAAUCUUUGAUUUGGAGGCCCUUAGAGCCAAUGGAAACGUACGAGACGGACGAAGAAAUUGUCAAUGAAAUGAAUGAAGAUUACCAUCAGCCACUCCCUUAUUUCGAUCAUUUUGUCGAAGAGGAGGAAUAA